GUUUUACUGAUGACGAAGAAGAAGAAGAAAUAUCUGAAGUAUAUGCAGGAGAAAGGUCUCGACUAUAUACUACUGAUAGAAAGAAUUCGAAUAAAGAAAUGAAUCUUAGAACUCAUAUUAUUAAUCCAAUUGAAAUGGAAAUAGAAUUCACUCCUAAACAAAAACCAGUUAAAAGAACACGAAAUCCUUUCAGAAUUGAUAAUCUUGCACCAUAUAAUAUAGCUGAUGAUAUCCUAUCAAAACAAUCUUCUGUGACUCUAGGAUAA